CUAUGGACAAGGAGGUGGUCUUGAUCACAGGCUGUUCAUCCGGCAUCGGCCUCAGCCUGGCGGUCCGCCUGGCCUCCCACCCGGAACAGAAGUUCAAAGUCUACGCCACCAUGAGAAACAUGGCCAAGAAGGAGCGUCUCCUGGAGUGUGUCAAAGGUCUGCACAAGGACACCCUGGAGGUUCUGCAGAUGGAUGUCACCGACCGCCAGUCCAUCCUGGACGCCCGGGACAAGGUGGCGGAGAAACGAGUGGACGUUCUCGUGUGCAACGCAGGUGUUGGGUUGAUGGGUCCACUGGAGGUCCAAUCCUUGGACUCCAUGAAGCAGAUCCUGGAGGUCAACCUUCUCGGAACAAUCCAGACCAUCAAGGCCUUCUUGCCCGGGAUGAAGGCUCAAAACGGGGGUCGUAUCCUGGUCACCGGAAGCACCGGGGGUCUUCACGGUCUUCCUUUUAAUGAGGUGUACUGUGCCAGCAAGUUCGCCAUCGAGGGAGCGUGUGAGAGCCUGGCUGUGGUCCUGCAACACUUCAACAUCCGUGUUAGCCUUAUCGAGUGUGGGCCCGUCAACACGGACUUCCUGGUCAACCUGAAGAAGGCGGAGCUUGGGGACGAGUGCCUGCAACAUGUGGACGCCCACACGCUGGCCCUGUAUGAGAAAUACCUGCAGCACUGCAGCCACGUCUUCCAAAAUGCAGCACAGGACACGGAGGACAUUGUGAAGGUGUUUUUAGACGCCAUUGAGUCACCCAGCCCGGCCUUCAGAUACUUCACCUGCGGGCGAGCGCCUCCUCUAACCAAACUGAAGCUCACGCAGCCGGACGGCCUUCAAUACAUCCGCGCCAUGAGCGAUCUCAUCUUUGCGUGCGAGGAAAAAUAAUCGCCUCACGUGUAUGAGUGUUGGCUCCAAGCCACUGUUGGUUAAUAUUUUAGGGACGAUGACUCCAUGCUGAACUCAGCGAGGGCAAUGAGUUGGAAUGAGAGUCCUUAUCGCAACCAGCAAUCAGUGUGAUAAGAUAGUGAGAAUCUGAGAAAACAGUUUUAAGGGGAAAAAAAAGGAUUGAAACUUUAGUUAAAACUGAAGAAACAGUUGUUUUAAAACUCAAUGUAAUGCUGCAUAACUUGCCUUUUUGUAAUGUAACCCUAUUUUUUAUGGGCUUGCCUCUUUGUUUGAUUGAUUGAUUGAAACAUUUACUAUUAUAUUGCACAUUACAGUACAUUUGACCACUAAAUCAUGGGUGUCAAACUCUGGCCCGCGGGCCAAAUUCAGCCCGCCGUUUAAUUUCAUUUGGCCCUUGAUGUAACGCCGGUUCGGCAUCGUGGUAUCGGGUUCGAUUCCCUCGAGGAUGCGUCAAACGAAAGAACACAACAAAGGUAAGAUCUAACAAAUUUAUUAACAAAAAGUGAGCUCUGAACAAAAACACUGGAGUUAAUAAAAAGGGAAACAAAAGACGCUAGCGUGAAAGCUAGGAAAUAUAAAGAACUAAGAUUUGGCACGAUGGCACAAAAAAUGAAAACAAAAAUGAUUAGCAUGUGAGCUAAAGAUGACAACAAAGUGGCUUAGCUAAUGAGCUAGCGAGAAAAAACAUACCUGACGUUACUUGUUGCAUGUGAGCAAAUUAGAGUCCCAGAAAGAAAUAAACAGAAGAGGCUGGC